ACGUCGUUGAUUAGAUUAACGAUCUAAACGAUAUGACGUAGAGGUCUUUAUCGAUCGUGGUUCCCCGCGCUUAACAUUUCGAUAUAAGAAUACCAUACUUUCAACAUCUAUUUUCUCUUUUCCAUAUUGAUUUCGAAAACUACAACAUAACCAAUCAAAUUAGUUAAUUCAAUAUGGCUCUUAGUCAAGCAGCAGCUCUCCUCGAGAAAGUCGUCGGUCAUGAUAUCAAUGCCGUCACCGAGCAAGAUAUAACAAAUCCAGCACGGGACCGUCAAAAGUAUGCGGAUCCAAGUGGUGAGACUAUGAAAGCUCUAUGUUGGAUGGGGAAAAAUACUGUCAAGAUGCUCGUUGAAGACAGAGAUGUGAUUCUAAAAGUUACCGGAAGUACUGUUUGUGGAAGCGAUCUUCAUUUACUUCAUGGCUCGGUUAUAGAGUUAGAGAAGGGAGAUAUUCUCGGUCAUGAGUUUUGUGGUGAAGUUGAGUCUAUGGGCCCAGCUGUAAAGGGGUUAAAGAAGGGUGAUCGUGUGGUUGCCAGUUUCCAGAUUGCUUGUGGCGAUUGUUACUAUUGCGAAAAGAAACAAUCAUCUCAAUGUGAAAAGACGAAUAGUAAUACUAUUGAAAACGGAAUGUAUGGAGGAAGAACAGCAGGAAUGUUUGGCUACUCUCAUUUCACUGGUGGAUUUGCAGGUGGUCAAGCAGAAUAUGUUAGAGUUCCAUUAGGGGAUGUCAAUCUUCUCAAGCUUCCAUCAAAUGUUCCAGAUGAGAAGGGUCUCUUCUUGUCGGAUGUCAUCUGUACAUCUUGGAACUGUGUUGUAGACACCGGAGUCGAAAAGGGAGACGUGGUUGCUAUUUGGGGUGCUGGCCCAAUUGGACAAAUGUGUGCAGAAUUUGCUUUCAUGAACGGUGCAUCACGAGUCAUCAUGAUCGAUAGCAACUGGAGAUUAGACUUUGUCAAGUCUAAAAUCCCCAAGGUCGAACUCCUCGAUUAUAGUAAACUUCCUCGGGGAACCUCUGUCACCUCCAAGCUAAAGGAGAUGGUUCCACGAGGACCCGAUGUCGCACUCGAGUGCGUAGCAGGCGAAUAUGCCAAAGGCUGGGCCCACUACUUCGAGAUGAUGCUCGGCAUGGAAACAGACACAUCCGAGAUUGUCAACGAAAUGAUCACAUCCGUUAAGAGCUACGGUCGAUGUGGUAUUACCGGCGUUUACGUCGGGUACACUAACCACUUCAACAUCGGAUCUUUGAUGGAACGCGGUAUCCGACUUAUUGGCAAUGGACAAGCUCCAGUACAUAUGUAUUGGGAAAAACUUCUUGAAAUGAUUGAGAAGAAUGAAGUUGAUCCUUUGCAAAUGGUAUCUCAUCGGGUCUCAUUGGAUGAACUUGACGAUGUCUACUAUAAGUUCGAGAAGAAGGAAGAUGGAAUGCAGAAAGUUUUUGUGCAGACGAAGUUUUCUGCACCAGCUGCUCCGGGAAGUCCAAGUCUUACAACGUAUAAGAAAUAAGGAAUGAAUGGAAUGUUUAAUGAAGGUUGAUAAUGAUGAUGAAAACAUGUAUUUUUUAGCAAAAAGCAAUAUAUCAAUAUUUUAUUACGAAGCA